AUGCCUCUGGGUAUACAGCGCCUUAAUGCAAAGAAGACCCAGCCGAAUGACCGGGUGGUCUUCAUCAAGCCUCUCAAGGGUAAGGAUGAGGCCAUCGCGCAGGACUUCCUCGAACGGAUCGCCGCACAGUGUCUCCCAAUCAUGAAAGAACACCAUCUUUCAGUCACAACACUCGAAGAGUAUGAACCCAACCGGGAAUUUGUUGGGCGCAACUUCAACGCAGGCGAGAUCAUCCAGCUCGUGCUAAAGUCCCGAUCAGGUCACUGGUUACCUUUCAACUAUGUACAGAUGGUGAUGAUGCACGAGCUGGCACACUGCAAACAGAUGAACCACAGCCGCGCCUUUUGGAAGGUCCGCAACGAGUACGCAGAGAGCAUGCGCGUGCUUUGGUCCAGGGGCUAUACAGGUGAGGGCCUGUGGGGCCGAGGCGCCCUGCUGAGCACGGGCGAGUUCGAGAAGAACUCGGUCACGGCUGGCGAGGAUCUCCCAGAGCAUCUCUGCGGUGGCACUUAUAGGUCGCGCAGGAGGAAGAGGAAGGCAAAGUCGGAUCUUUCGUACCAGGAGAAAAAGCAAAGGCGCAUCGAGAAAAAGUUUGGGAAAAACGGGGUUGCUCUGGGAGCCGAUGAGGACGUGAAACUACGGCUGGAGAACGGACGCGCCACUCAAGCAGCUCCCAGAGUCGCACAGAGCAAGAGAGGGAGGGAACUGAGGGCCGCGGCCGCUCUGGCCAGAUUCGACCAACAGAAACAAGACUCUACCGGUCAAGGGAGACUCGAUGACGAGGAUGAACACAGCGCCAGCGAGAGCGACUACGAAGAUGCAGAGGGCGGGGCGGCCGACGCCGUUGACAUCAACGGGCAAAAGCUCCUUGACACCAAGGGGCACGGCUUGAUUCGGGUCUGCGGCGACGAGAACCCUGACGAUCGAGAUGCCGCAAACGAGCUCAGGGAGUUGCAAGAGUCCAUGGCGAGAUUUGUCAAGAGCAGCAAGAGCCAGCCCAAUCGCGAUUGCAGGGGUCCUAGCUCGUCCGCUGGGCCCCCAGCUGCCCAAGGAAAUUUAACAAAUCAGCCCUAUCAGGCUGCCGAGCAGGUUGAGCCGAAGCGCAGAGACAAGCAGACCCCUAGCAUGAUAAAGGCUGAGGCACAGCCUCGCGGCACGGAAAUGGAGCCUGCGGUGACUCAGGCUGCCGCCAAACCUGCAGCAGCAGGUGAGACGUGCACAGCUUGCUCACUCCAGAACGAGGCGUACGCCGUAACUUGCAGCAUGUGCUCAAACGUUAUGGAUCCGGCCAGCGUGCCCGGCACAUGGAGCUGCCAGACUGCCCAGUGCAAGGACAGCACAUAUCUCAACGCCGGAGACUGUGGCACAUGUGGGGUUUGUGGGCAGCGUCAAGAUGCAUCCGGCUGA